CCAGCGGUUGGCUCGUCGAACUGGCCAUUGCCCGCUGGGCUCUUCGCGCGCUUCUUCGCCGUCCGUUACGAAAACGGGAUAUCGUCAGACUGCCAUAUUAAUAGCAUGUCAGAUUUAAUACGCGCAAAAACAGUCGCCGUAGUGGGCGCCGGGCCCGCGGGCGCAAUAGCAGCCAAGUACUUGAGAGCCGAGAGGGCAUUCGACAAGAUUGUGUUAUUCGAACAAAGAAGUCGGCCUGGCGGCAUCUGGACCUACACUGGCGACCAAAGGAACGAAACCCUCUUUGACGUGCCCCAAACCGACCCGAACAAAGACGUCCAGAGGCCCGAGUGGAAGACCAGAACCAAUGGCGCCGUUGACGCGUCCAAGACGCCCUCGUUCCUAUCGCCCGUGUACGAAAAACUCGAAACAAACAUCCCCCGUGGAUUGAUGGGCUUCCAGGAUCUCGACUGGCCACCCGAUAGCCAGCUCUUCCCUACCCACGAAACCGUGCUCCAGUACAUCCAAGACUACUCUGCAGACGUCCAGGAUCUGGUACGCUACUGCACUCAAGUCGCCAAUGUCGUCCCCACCGACCCCAGCAACCCCAGCAGCCCGUGGACCGUCGAGACGGAAAACCUGUUGACCAACAAACACACAUCGGAGGUCUACGAUGCAGUCAUUGUCGCAAACGGGCACUUCAUCGUCCCCCACAUUCCACACAUACCGGACAUUGAACAAUGGCACACGCAACACCCCGGCCGCAUCAGCCACUCCAAAUACUACCGGCGACCCGAGGACUUUGCGAACAAAAAAGUCGUCGUCGUAGGCAACUCUGCGUCUGGCGCCGACGUCAGCGCGCAAAUCGCAAACCACUGCCAAACGCCGCUACUGUGGUCCACACGCUCGCAGUCCAUGUUCAGCGCGACCCACGGCGCCGCAAGCCAGGACACCAAGCGGCUCCCCGUCCCGCAGAUAGCCCGAUUCCUGCCUCUAACCCGCGGCGUGCGCUUCGCCGACGGCACCGAAGCCCACGACAUUGACGCCGUGGUUUUUGCAACAGGGUACCUGUACAGCCUGCCGUUUCUGGAGUCCGUAGAGCCCAAGCUGGUGACGACGGGCGAACGCGUAAACCACACGUUCCAACACGUUUUCUACGCGCACCGCCCGUCCCUUAGCUUUCUCGCCCUCAAUCAGCGCGUCAUUCCGUUUCCCCUCGCGGAAGCCCAGGCGGCUGUCGUGGCCCGCGUGUAUUCAGGCCGUCUGAGCCUCCCUGCUCUGUCGGAAAUGCGCGCCUGGGAACAAGCCGUGGAAGAGGAAAUGGGCGCAGGACGCAACUUCCACUUGAUGCCGUUCCCCAAGGACGGGAAUUACAUCAACAUGAUGAGUCAGUGGGCGUUAUCGGCGCCAGUGCGAGACGGGCUGGAAAACGAGGGAAAGGGCAAGACGCCGCCCGUUUGGGGCGAGUGGCACUUCUGGUGCAGAGAGAACUUUCCCAAGAUUAGACAGGCGUUUGGGGCGCUGGGCGAGGCGAGGACGCAGGUUAGGAGCUUGGCUGAGUUGGGGUUUGAUUUUGAACAAAGUAGAAGACGAGAAGAGAUAGAGCAAGACAGGUGCGGAUAGACCAUAGAACGUUAUGAAAUAGACGUAGA